GCCCGAGCAAGAUGCCAGCGCCGGGCAGGUUUGGUUGAGGCGGGCGCUGCCGCCGCCGCCUUCACCCGCCACUAAGCGAGCGCCCUCUGCCUCCUCCUCCUCCUCCCGCCACGGCUGCGCUUGGCUCCCGCAGCAGAGGCCUCGGCCGCCUCCUCGGGCUCCCGCUCUUCCCCCUUUCGCCCAGCGCCGUCUCCAGCCAUGACGGUGGAGCAGAACGUGCUGCAGCAGCAGAGCAACGCCCAGAAGCACCAGCAAACACUUCUGAAUCAGCUGAGAGAGAUCACUGGCAUCAAUGACACCCAAGUACUACAGCAAGCCUUGAAGGAUAGCAAUGGGAGUUUGGAAUUAGCUGUAGCUUUCCUCACUGCAAAGAAUGCUAAGAUACCUCAACAAGAAGAGACAACGUACUAUCAGACAGCACUUCCUGGCAAUGACAGAUACAUCAGUGUAGGAAGCCAGGCAGAUACAAAUGUGAUUGAUCUCACAGGGGAUGAUAAAGAUGAUCUUCAGAGGGCAAUUGCCCUCAGUUUGGAAGAAUCAAACAGGGCCUUCAGGGAGACGGGGAUAACAGAUGAAGAACAAGCCAUUAGCAGAGUUUUAGAAGCCAGCAUAGCAGAAAACAAGGCAAGCCUGAAAAGGACACAUCCAGAAGUAUGGAGUGAUUCUCCAAAUCCGUAUGAUAGAAAACGUCAAGAUAAUUGCCCAGUGGGAUUAAAAAAUGUUGGCAACACAUGCUGGUUUAGUGCAGUUAUACAGUCGUUAUUUAAUCUUCUAGAAUUCCGAAGGCUAGUUUUGAAUUAUAGUCCACCUGCAAGUGCUCAAGAUCUUCCCCGAAACCAAAAGGAACAUAGAAAUUUGCCUUUUAUGCGUGAAUUAAGAUAUCUAUUUGCACUUCUUGCUGGCUCAAAAAGAAAAUACGUUGAUCCAUCAAGGGCUGUUGAAAUCCUUAAAGAUGCAUUCAAAUCGAAUGAUUCCCAACAGCAAGAUGUCAGUGAGUUCACACAUAAGUUAUUAGACUGGUUAGAAGAUGCCUUCCAAAUAAAAGCUGAAGAGGAACAAGAUGGAGAGAAGCCAAAGAACCCGAUGGUAGAAUUGUUUUACGGGCGGUUUCUAGCAGUUGGAGUUCUUGAAGGGAAGAAAUUUGAAAAUGCAGAAAUGUUUGGCCAGUACCCACUUCAAGUGAAUGGCUUCAAAGAUCUGCAUGAGUGCCUAGAAGCUGCCAUGGUCGAAGGGGAAAUUGAAUCCUUACACUCAGAAAAUUCUGGGAAGUCUGGCCAGGAGCACUGGUUUACUGAACUUCCUCCUGUCUUAACCUUUGAGCUCUCAAGAUUUGAAUUCAAUCAGGCUUUGGGGAGGCCAGAAAAGAUACACAACAAGUUAGAAUUCCCUCAGAUUUUAUACCUGGACAGAUAUAUGCACAAAAACAGAGAAAUAACACGAAUAAAGAGGGAUGAAAUCAAAAGACUCAAAGAAUACCUCACAGUAUUACAGCAGAGAUUAGAACGGUAUUUAAGCUAUGGUUCUGGUCCUAAACGGUUCCCUUUGGUAGAUGUCUUACAGUAUGCACUGGAAUUCGCAUCAAGUAAGCCAGUGUGUAAGUCUCCUAUUGAGGAUCUUAAUACUAGUGCUCUUCCUAGUGGUGCUUUGUCAACACAGACAAUGCCAAGCACAACAGAACAACAGGGGCCUUCUACGGAAAUACAAAGCACAUCACCUGCACAACGAUCAGUAAUUCACAAGCCCUUCACGCAGUCUCGGAUUCCUCCAGACCUGCCAAUGCAUCCAGCUCCAAGACACAUAACAGAAGAAGAGCUUUCAGUGCUGGAGGGCUGUUUGCAUCGUUGGAGGACAGAAGUAGAAAACGACACUAGAGACUUGCAAGAAAGCAUAGCAAGAAUACAGCGUACAAUUGAACUAAUGUAUUCUGACAAAUCAAUGGUGCAGGUUCCUUAUCGGUUACAUGCUGUAUUAGUUCACGAAGGCCAGGCGAAUGCAGGACAUUAUUGGGCAUAUAUUUAUGACAGCUACCAAAGGAGGUGGAUGAAAUACAAUGAUAUAUCUGUGACCAAGUCUACUUGGGAAGAGCUUGAACGGGACUCUUUUGGUGGUUACCGGAAUGCAAGUGCUUACUGUUUAAUGUAUAUCAAUGAUAAGGAACCUUUUUUGAUACAAGAAGAAUUCAGCAAGGAAACAGGUCAAAUGGUUGUUGGAAUCGAUACGUUGCCUCCUGAUUUAAGAGAUUAUGUCAGAGAAGACAAUAAACGUUUUGAAAAAGAGUUAGAAGAAUGGGAUGCCCAGAUUGCACUGAAAGCACAAGAAGAAAAAGCAUUAAUAUCCCAAGCAGCCAGGGUGCCUGUGCCUUUCACUGCUCGAGGAGAAGAGCCAGAAUACUUGGAGCAACCUUCAAGGACUGAUGUUUCAAAGCAGCUGAAAGAAGAUUCUAUACGAGCCAUCACAAAAGCAUUUACUGAACAAGAAGAUAAAAAUCCUGAAACAGUUAUGAAUGUGAAAUCUGAUAGCACCCAAGUUCCAACUGCUCCUAACCAGAAAGUUGUAGAGGUGGCGAUUCCUGAUGUAGGGACUUAUGUGAUUCAGUCAGAGCAGGGAGGUUAUGAUGAUGAGGUCAUGCUGACCCCGAACAUGCAAGGUGUUAUCAUGGCUAUAGGUAAAGCCACGAAUGUGUAUGACAAAUGUGGGCCCGAAGCAGGGUUCUUUCAGGCAAUAAAAUCAGAAUAUGCACGGUUACUCAAAUUGGCUCAAGAAGACACGCCACCAGAGUGUGAUUACCGCUUGCAUCAUGCAAUUGUGUACUUCAUUCAAAAUCAAGCCCCAAAGAAAAUAAUUGAGAGAACACUGUUGGAGCAAUUUGCAGAUCAUAAUUUAAGUUUUGAUGAAAGGUGUCGCAAUAUAAUGAAAGUGGCUCAAGCCAAAAUUGGAAUGAUAAAACCAGGUGAAGUCAACAUGGAGGAUUAUGAGUGGUGGCACCAAGAGUACAAAAAUUUCAGAGAGACGACGGUAUAUCUCAUGCUGGGAUUGGAACUCUUUCAAAAGAAGAAUUUUCAAGAAGCCUUGCUGUACCUCAUCUUUGCUUAUCAUAAAAACAAAGAGCUGUCAUCAAGAGGCUUGUAUAGAGGACAUGAUGAAGAACUGAUAUCCCACUACAGAAGGGAGUGCUUACUAAAGUUAAAUGAGUGUGCUGCCGCACAGUUUGAAUCUGGAGACGACGAUGAAGUAAAUAAGGGUCUAGAAAUUAUGAAUGAACUUAUUGUCCCAUGUCUGCCUUUAUUGUUGGUGGAUGAAACAGAGGAAAAGGAUGUUGUUGCUGUUGAAGAUAUGAGAAAUCGAUGGUGCUCAUAUCUUGGACAAGAAAUGGAGCCUAACUUGCAAGAAAAGCUGACAGACUUCCUGCCAAAAUUGUUAGAUUGUUCAACAGAAAUUAAAGGUUUCCACGACCCACCAAAGUUACCUUCUUAUUCCACCCAUGAACUGUGCGAGCGAUUUGCCCGAAUCAUGUUAUCACUCAGUCGAACUCCAGCUGAUGGAAGAUAAACUCUAAAGACCUUCCUUAAGCACACUGUAUAAACUUUUUUUUAGUUCUUUAACCCUCGCCUUCCUGUCACAGGGUUUGCUUGUUGCUGCUAUAGUUUUUAACUCUCAUUUUAAUAACUGCAAGAGAAGAAAAGGGGACUUUUACUGACACUAGCCAGACUGCAGGCAAUAAAGCUGAGAAUCGCAUGGCACUCAGUUUUUGUUAUCAGCCACAACUCAUGCACCAUUACACGUCUGAUUUUAUUAUGGCAAACCUGCUUUUUUGCCACUUACAUGUUACAGUAUUACUUUGCUUUUAUCUUAAAAUCCUUUUACUUCAUCAUCAACCACUUUUUCUUCAGUCUGGGACAUUCUGUGACUGCAUCAAUUUUAAAGUGACCAGUGUAAAAUACAUGGUACCUGGUAGCUUGUAAAUUACAUCAAAGAAUAAAAAAGUUUUAUUUAUGGCUA